GGGAGGAGGAACUGUCCAAGGAGUGCCCGAAAGGCAGGAGCUGAUUGAUUUUUCUUUUGUUGGCCAGUUAGAAACUGAGACACAACUCACUUAACUUUUGCUAUUCACAGUCAACUGAACUGAAUUAUUUUAACCUUUGCUUUGGAGAGCACCUGCCCGGAGGAUACAGCGGCACAGCCGUGUCCUAGUGCGGGAUCGGGAGUUGGAUUAACCCAGCUGCGCAGGAGCGCUCCCCUGCAAACCGCAUCAUGGGUUACGCUAAAAUCACUGCCGCUUUUUGGAUGUGCACCUGAUGGUUUUGUGGAUUUAGAUCACGUUUUUUAAUAGUUAAAACAGGGCUGAUUUUCUCGCUUUAGGAAGAAACUUGUCAGUCACGCGGAAAUAUAAACCUCUGCCAGGGACUCUGUAACUGUACUUCUUAACACAGAGUUUGGAUUUUGGUGAAGAAUUGGCAAGAUGGUGUCAUCCGACUGCUUCAGAUUGGUCGUUGUCAUCUUGUAUUGUACAUCACUCACAAAAGGACAUUUGGAGAAAGAGGACUCACCUAUUUUUUUGCCCAUUGAAAAUCCCUUCAUUUUGCAUAAGGAUGGUUCCUUAAACCUCAUAUGCAGAGGUCAUGGCUCGUUGAACUGGACGCUUGGCAAUCCCAGACGAUCGAUUUCAUCAAAGGGGGUGAAGGUGGAGCAGUGUGAUUACAGACGUCAUUCUCACUCUAACUGCAGUAAACUAACAAUAACAUCCUUGAGUGCCAGUGACACAGGGAACUACAGCUGUAAAUACUUCGAAGAUGGUUUAGAAUCCACCUCCUCAACCUAUGUCUAUGUCAAAGAUCCUGAACAACCAUUUGUGGUGCCCCAUUAUCCGACACCUCAUGUCUUGGGCAUCUACAGGCAUGAGACUAGUCUCUUGGUCCCCUGCCGAACAUCCUCUCCUGAUGCUGAUGUAAUUCUGAUAGGGAACCCAAAUUUAUCAGAGGAGAUUAAAAUGGAAAAGAAAUGGGAUCCGAUGCAAGGAUUCACAAUUCCCUAUGGUCCUUACACCACGUACAAUACAUUCACCUGUUACACCAAAAUCAACGGUCGUGAGUUCAGGUCAAUGUACAUCCCAGCCAGACAGACUCUUGUUAUUAAUAAUGUGAAAAUCACCCCAGAGCGUGUCAGAGUGUUAGUUGGUGACACCCUUGUCCUCAACUGUACUGGUGAGACCACGUAUAAUGGAAGAAUCAACUUCACAUGGGAUUUCCCGAGAAAGAAUGAAAAUCUGCAUUAUACGAAUAAGACUAAAGGUGCCCUUGCUGAGGUUUUAGUGAUGAGCAAGGCUUUAAUCUUGCCAGACAUUUCCACGGAAGAUAAGGGGUUGUACCACUGCAAAGCUUGGGUUGAACCCACACAUUAUAAGGAUGCCACAGCAAAAGUCAUUGUCUAUGAACAUCCAUUCCUCAAUGUCUCCUAUAGGCAUGAGCGGCCUAGUACAGUGACUGUCAAAGAAGGUAGAAAGAAGAUUGUGUUUGAGCCCAAGGUCAAUGCUCUGCCCCCACCAGACAUGGUAGCAUGGUAUAAGGAUGGGGUCCGUAUCCAGAAGAAUUCCACCUGUUACAGGAUGUCUGGUUUCAGCUUGAUUAUCACUGAUGUGCAGCAGAAGCAUGCUGGGGUCUUCACCAUAAGCUUGGGCAACCAAGCGAAGGGCCUGAACAGGAGUAUGAGCUACACUCUGGUAGUCGAAGUGAAGCCAACUAUUUCAGAGGUGGAGCUUGCACCUGUGGAUGUGCAGCCCUCUAUGUUUGGCAAACAGCAUCAGCUAACCUGCACUGCUUACGGGUUACCCUUGCCAAGCAUCACUUGGCUUUGGCAACCAUGUCACCCAAACUCCACGCUUAAAGGUUGCAUGAAUUAUGGUGAUCCAGUUCAGGUCCGCACUGAUGACAAGGAAACAUACUCCCACAACUCGAUUAAGAGCAUAAACACCAAGACUGAAAUGAUUAAAGAUAAAAACAAGACUGUGAGCACCCUGGUGAUAGGAAAUGCUACUGUGUCUGGAAAUUACUCCUGUGAGGCCCGGAAUGACCAUGGCACCAGCCAAAUGACAAUCCUCUUCUAUGUUGAUGCUCGCCCUGAGGAAAUUACCACUGAACCUAAGACAGCCAUCGAGGGGGAUGAUGUGACUCUAACCUGUUGGGCAACCCGCUACCUCUACACAGACCUGCAGUGGUUGGAUUCCAGGAAUCAGACGAUCACUUCCAAUGUGUCCAGUGUCCAGGCCAGUCGCUACUCGAUUUCCCGUUCUCUACACCUUUAUAAUGUUUCCAAGACCAGCACUACAGGUUACAAGUGCCAAGCGCACAAGCUCCACAAGAACGUUGUACUCAAGACUGCUUCACUUACUGUGGAUGAAAGGAAACCCCCAUGGCUGAGUCAAAAUCUGACUAAUCAGGAUGUGAACAGCAGCAGCACCCUGAUGCUGGCUUGCUUUGCUCUGGGAGUUCCUCGUCCUUCCAUCAUCUGGUACAAAAAUGGCAUUCCAGUGGAAGAAGGCCCAGGUAUCACACUGGGAGAAGACGGGCUUCUGACCAUUGACAGGGUGAAGAAGGAUGAUGAGGGUCUGUACGAGUGUAUAGCCAAUAAUGUUGAGGGUUCUGCAAAAACAAGUGCUGUUGUUACUGUGCUCGGGGAUGAAGGGAAGCCAAACAUUGAGGUUAUAAUUCUGGUGUGUACAGGAGCUGCAGCCACGUUCCUCUGGCUCAUGCUUAUCCUCUUCAUCCGCAAGCUGAGGAAGCAACCAGCACACUAUAGGAUGGGUCCAUCUAUCAUCAUUGACCCUGACGAGUGUCCACUUGAUGAGCAAAGUGAUCUUCUUCAGUAUGACAGCAGCAAAUGGGAGUUUCCUCGUGACCGCCUGCGACUAGGCAAAACUCUUGGCCAUGGAGCUUUUGGGAAAGUGGUGGAAGCUUCUGCCUUUGGGAUCGACAAGCUUUCAACCUGCAAGACUGUUGCUGUCAAAAUGCUGAAAGGAGGCGCUACGUCAAAUGAGCGGAAAGCUCUGAUGUCAGAGUUAAAGAUCCUGAUUCACAUUGGCCAUCACCUGAAUGUGGUCAACCUUCUGGGAGCCUGCACAAAGCCUGGAGGACCAUUAAUGAUGAUAGUGGAGUUCUGCAAGUAUGGCAACUUGUCAAACUAUUUGAGAACCAAGAGAGAUGAUUUCCUUGUCUACAAGAGCCAGAACGGUAAGGUGGUGGAAUCAGGAUCGUCCUGCGAGCUGAGUGAGCUGAUGAAACGCCGUCUGGAGAGCGUGGCCAGCACCGGAAGCUCAGCCAGCUCUGGCUUCAUCGAAGAUAAGAGUUACUGCGACUCUGAGGAAGAGGAAGAAGAGUCUGAGGAUUUAUAUAAGAGAGUCCUGACUUUGGAAGAUUUAAUUUGCUACAGUUUCCAAGUUGCAAAAGGCAUGGAGUUCUUGGCUUCGCGCAAGUGCAUCCAUCGUGAUUUGGCUGCACGAAACAUCCUGCUUUCUGAGAAUAAUGUUGUAAAGAUUUGUGAUUUUGGACUUGCCAGAGAUGUCUACAAAGAUCCGGAUUAUGUGCGCAAAGGAGAUGCUCGACUGCCACUUAAGUGGAUGGCACCUGAGGCUAUUUUUGACAAGAUCUACACAACUCAGAGUGACGUUUGGUCCUUUGGUGUUCUCAUGUGGGAGAUCUUCUCUCUGGGUGCCUCACCUUACCCCGGCGUCCAAAUUGAUGAAGAAUUUUGCUGCAGGCUGAAAGAGGGAACCAGGAUGAGAGCACCUGAAUACUCUUCCUCUGAAAUAUAUCAGACCAUGUUGGACUGCUGGCACGGGGAGCCACAGCAGCGACCGACCUUCACUGAGCUAGUGGAAAGGCUCGGAGAUUUGCUUCAAGCUAGUGUGCAACAGGAGGGGAAGCACUAUAUACCUAUCAAUACAGCCCUGCUGGCCAAGGUGGGAGACCCAUCCACCAUUGUGCCGUCAGAGGAGAUGCCUACACGGCCUCUCUCUCAUCGCGACUCAGGAAGCACCUGGAACAUCAAGAUCUGUCCUGCUAGUGUGAAAACCUUUGAUGAGGUUACCAUGGAGAACAGGACAAAUGAGAACUGCGGGGGCAGUCAGUCAGACAGCGGUAUGGGACUCUCAUCUGACAACAUGAAGACACUGAAGCGCCUCGAAUCGCUGGCAGGCCGUCCGCUGAGCAUCAUGGCUCUUGCGAUAAAGGCAGCAAGUAAGAGUAAAGAGUCUGUGCUGACGGACACAGAGAAGAAGUACCCACCCACAGUUCCCUCUCUAGACCUCAGCCAGGACGACUCAACACUGGAUGACUCGGCUCUGGACAUCAGCUUGGAGUGUCACAGCCCACCACCUGACUAUAACUAUGUGGUGCGAUACUCCACCCCUCCUGUGUAGCCUCUGGCCCUGGAGAAUCUGACAGCCUUCUUUGUUCUCCUCUGCUUUGACUCUUAUCUCUGGAUUGCUUUUGAAGCAACGUUUAAGUGGGAGAAACAUGAGAUUCCAUGAGAAAGUAUUUAGAAAGGGUGCUCUGAAAUGACUCUAACUUCUGCAUCUUCCAGUUUCCAGGGUUCAUGUUAUGUGAAAAAGGGAAACCUGUAAACUGUUACUGUUAGUUUCCAGUUUUCAGACAUAGGCCCAUGUUAAUGCUACUGGUCCGUCCACGUUCACUGUGAUAACUCAAACCGAUUACUGGAAAGUAAUUUACUGUAAAAAGUAAAUUACUGGAAAGUAAUUUGUUUGUAAAGCUAAAGAGAAGCUCUUUUUGUAAUGCAGGAAAGAAGGUUGGCUAAAGUUUAAAAACAUAUUAAUUAGUAAUUUUGAGGAGUCUCUUAUUUGAAAUAUGAUCGCUCCUGGAGAGGGGUGCUCUGUCCCUCAUGUGGUGGUGGAUGUGUUUAGGUCAUGGGAAUCACCGGUUAAUGGAGGAAACAGGGUAAAGCUGAGAGUGAGACCAGAUGGCAUUUAACAUUACAGCUUGACCAUGAAGGUGUUUAAGUGAGGAGUUACUGUAUAUGUAGAGUCCUCCUCCAGACUCAAUCUGGUAAUGAAGAAGAUCACAUUUUUGUUUGGUUAAACUAAAACAGAUGUGACAAGGAAACCAGAUUUGUUGGUUUUAUUGCGUACAAACUGAGUUAGAAACACAAGUUUAGAGUAAGAUUUCAGGAACAGUUUAUUCAAAACCACUAGUAAAGCAAAUUGUGUAUUUAUUUAGAUUGUAGACACUGUCACUUAGUAAUCCACCUCUGUUUGUUCAUUUAGAUUCAUAUUUAACAGUUAACCAAAGUAUUUUCCAGCUCAGUCUUCCUGAUAUCAGUAUGUAAUAUCCCAGUGUUUAAUUCCAGACUUAUGUGCCAUUUGUGCUGCUGUAUUCACUGACAUGAAACAUGUACAGGUGGGUGAUAAAUCCGAGGAAAACCCUGAAUGAAUGAGUGGGUCACUGAUUAAUCUGCUGAAUAUUUUCUUGAUUAUUUGGUUUAUCUUUUCAUUCACAGAAUAUCAAACAUUGAGAUAAAUCCCCAUUUUGAUGCUCCAGAGUCAAAAGCAGUGCUUUGUAUCAAAUGUGCUCAUUUGUCUGCCCAGCAAAACCAAAUAUAUUCAGUUUAUUAUAAUUUAUGACAAAGAAAAUCAUCCGUUCCUCACAUCAGUGAUUUUUGCUUCAUAAUACCUGCCAGUAAAUUUACCAUCAGUGAACUGACUAAUGGUUGCAGCUCUAGGCGACCGAAUGGCUUAAUGAGUAUGAAAAGUUGCGUUGAACCCAGUGAGAGAGAAAGAUGUUUCCCCCCUGCACCUGAAGACACUUUACUAAAAAAGUCUGUGUUCACUUUGUGCUAGUUUUUCCUCUGAUUUAUCACCCAUGUGUACAUGGAUAUUCUCUGUCCUCCGUCUUGUGCUAAGUGGAAAAGCGUGCAGGGCAGGCUACAGUUACUCUGCAUGUGUGAUGUUUGUAGGCACUAGUCUGCUCUGGUUCAGUUACGCAUUAACAUGGAAAAUCCCCACUUUAUCCUUGUUUGUAGUACAGCAGGCAUUGAAUGUACUGUGGACCAAACCUUCAUUUGCACUCACAUGUUACUGAACACACACCCUGCAGAAAUGUGGCAAGCUUGUGUUUGUUGAGAAAUCAGUAUUGUCAGUGAGUAAACUACAGUAUAAAGUGAGUAUUUGUGGACCAAUUUGUUCUGUUCUGCACUGAUACGUAUAAUUUCUGUAUUCUUAAGGUAUGUUAUUGUGAACAAUGUUGAGGUCACAUGUUACAAAGCUUUCUGAUUUUAUUUUACUCUAACUUUAGUACAUACCGCAGUAAGAAAUUAACAUUUUCAGUGUUUUUUAUUAUUUCUUGCCAUCCUAACAUCACCAUGUUCACUGCUUAUAAUUAUGUCUAAAAUUUGGUUCUGUUAAUUUAGUUAGUUUUUUGUUUUUGUUCAUGUAGUUCAGCAAGUUAAUGAAGUAAUGUUCCCAGCACUGUUACCUGAGCAUACUGUAUGAAGUAAAUAAAUGAAU